AGGAGGGGGCUGGAUGCCCGGCAGGGGUCGGGGCUGCUCUGCCACAGGAGGGCGCGAUGUGAUGGCGAGUGAGCCCCCCGCCCACCCCUCUGCCGCUGCCGCUGCCGCCCGGGUGACACGGACCAGCGCCCGCCUGACCUCCGGCCCCUGGAAGCGCCCGGCCGGGGCCUCCUCCUCUUCCUCCUCCUCCACCGCCGCCUCCUUGGGGGCCCCUGCCGGCUCCAGCAGCGGCAGCACCGCAGCCCCUGCCCCCGGCUGGCCCCGAUUCUGGGAGGGCCAGGAUGUCUUGGCGCGCUGGACCGACGGACUUCUCUACUUGGGCACCAUCAAGAAGGUGGACCCCCUCCGGCAGGUCUGCCUGGUGCAGUUUGAGGACGACUCUCAGUUCCUGGUGCUCUGGAAGGACAUCAACCCAGCGGCUGUGCCUGGAGAGGAGCGUUCCUGCUGCGUGUGCCACUCGGAGGCCGUGAGCCCGGACAACCGGCUGGUGAGGUGUGAGAAAUGCAGCCAUGCCUACCACCAGGAAUGCCACCUUCCCAGAGUGCUCGGCGACAGCGCCUGGAUGUGCCGGCAGUGUGUCUUCGCGGUGGCCACCAAGCGGGGGGGUGCCCUCAAGAAGGGCCCCUACGCCAAAGCCAUGCUGGGCAUGAAGCUGGUGCUGCCGUACCAGCUGAAGGCGCUGGACUGGGACGCUGAGCACCUCACCAACCGGCAGCAAUGCUACUGCUACUGCGGAGGCCCCGGCGAGUGGAACCUGAAGAUGCUGCAGUGCCGCCGCUGUGCCCAGUGGUUCCAUGAGGCUUGCACCCAGUGCCUGAGCAAGCCCCUACUCUAUGGGGACAGGUUCUACGUGUUCGAAUGCUGCGUGUGCACAGGAGGCCCCGAGAGCGUCCGGCGUCUCCCCCUGAGAUGGGUGGACGUGGCCCACCUCAUCCUCUACCACCUCAGCAUCUGCUGCAAGAAGAAGUAUUUCGACUUUGAGAGGGAGAUCCUGCCCUUCGCCAGCGAGAACUGGGACAGCCUCCUCCCGGGGGAGCUCUCGGACACGCCCAAAGGGGAGCGGUACAGUCAGCUCUUGAGUGCCCUGACCGGCCACAAGGACAGAUUCAUCUCCGGCAAGGAGAUCAAGAAGCGGAAAGGCCUCUUUGGGCUGCACCUGCGCGUCCCGCCACCAGCGCCCCAGAUCGCGGGCGGCUCCGGGGACGGCAAGCCCCCCCUCAUCUUGGAAAGCAGCUUCCUUUCAGGGCAGGGCAGGCGUGGGAAGGGGCCGGAGCGCAGGGGGGCCAAGCGGCGCCCGGGCGGGGCGGAAGCGGCCGCCCGGACUGCGGAGCAGCGCAGCGCCCAGGCGAGGGAGCGGCUGGAGAGAGCCCUCACUCAGGAGGUGGUGCGGAUCCCAGUCAGCGCUAACCAGAGCUACGGCGGCUACGGCGGCUCCUCCAGCAACUACAACUUCCGCCGCACCGACGCCCGCUGCCAGGACAGCGCCCCCAUCCGGAUGUUCGCCUCCUUCCAUCCCUCGGCCAACACCGCAGGGACCUUGAGCACAAGCAGCGGCCCCUCCCUCGAUGCUUACGACACAGCUGCCGCCACCUCCACGGAGUGCGAGAGCCCCGAGCGCCCAGCCCCCUUCCUGCCCCGCCCGGCCCCCGCCGCCAAGCGCCCGGCCCAGCCUGCGGCCCCCGCCCCCUCGACCCUCUGCGCACCCCCCAGUGCCCCCGGCAGCAGCAGCAGCAGCAGCAGCUACUUCGGGGCCAUGGGGCGGCUGGCGCGGGGCGAGGCGGUGCGCAUCCUGGCCCGGCGCGCCACCACCGACGGCACCGUCCAGUACCUGGUGGAGUGGGACGGGGGAGGCAUGUUCUAGCCCCCUCCUCGGUGCUCCCGGAAUCCCCUGGGGACAAGAUGGACUCCCAGCCCAGCUCUGGCCCGGCAGCGGAGAGGAAGAAGAGGCCGGCCUCUGCCUGGCGAAGGAGAGAGACGCGCCGUGGGGCGGAGGGCCUUCCCUGCAGCGGCCCCAGCGGCCCCCUGGAGGAGGAGGAGGAGGAGGAGGACUGUGCCGUUCCUUUCCGGGACAGGAAGGGGAGCCUGAGGGGAGGGGGCGGCAGGACCCCACGUCUUCCCUCCUGCCGCCACCGCCGCUUCCUCCUCGCAUCACGAGAGUUUUAUUUCUGCUUAUUUUUUUACUGUUGUUAGUAAAGGUUUUAUUUAAGGAGGCCUGCUGAGAGUGGAAGAGGGCACUGCUUCCCUUUAGGGCAGGGGGGCUGCCCCCCAAUUCCCAGCCGCCCCCCCCACGCCUGCAUCGCCGCUUCCGCGUGUCGUGGGCCGCCGCUGCUGCCGCUGCUAAACUGACUCUGUACAAAGCGCCUAAAUAAAGAGCUUCUGGUCUACA